UUUUCUUUUUCGCCUGUUUCAUAGUCUCACGUGCCAACUGGGGCUUUAGUUUGCUGCUCCAAUUCUACCCUGUUCGCAGCCAUCACCUCCCUCUCCCCUUUCCAUCACCCGCCCUCAAAUUACCAAACCCUAACCCUAAUCCUAACUCUAUUUUUGUUUAAUAUAAUUUUUGCAAAUUAAUUUUUGUCUUGAAACUUGUAAUUCUUUACACCGAACUGUAAUGCGCUGUUCUCACACACAGAGCUUCAAGACUCCAAUCUUCCACUUCGACAAUGGAGGCGUUGAAGGGAAAUUUAGAAGAAAUAGAGAUUGGGAGCUCCGUCGAGUCGUUUCAGAAGUUUUUGGAUUCGCAGAAGGAGCUCUUUCACAGUCAGAUCGAUCAACUUCAAAGCAUCGUCGUCGCUCAAUGCAAACUCACCGGCGUCAAUCCUCUCUCUCAAGAAAUGGCAGCUGGUGCCAUGUCAAUAAAAAUCGGAAAAAGACCUAGAGAUUUGCUAAAUCCUAAGGCCAUAAAGUAUAUGCAAGCUAUUUUCUCAAUAAAAGAUGCAAUCAGCAAGAAAGAAUGUCAUGUGAUAAGUGCUCAAUUUGGCGUAACAGUCACACAGGUUCGAGAUUUCUUUGCUAGUCAGCGUGCAAGAGUGAGGAAACUGGUCCGGUUAUCAAGGGAGAAGACAUCCAGAACAAAUGUAUGUAAAGAACCACAAGAAGGGGCUGCAACAAGCUCUGAUUCUAUGAUGCCUAUUAACCUGGCUCCAUUGAAUUCUGUUCACCCAGAUCCAGUUCCCAUAGGCUCUCUUGGAUGCAAUCCAGUUCCCUUAAACUCUGUCAGUCCUGAUUCGGCUCCCUUAAACUAUAUUGGGCAUGAUCCAGCUCCCUUAAACUCUAUUGGGCAUGAUCCAGCUCCCUUAAAUGCUAUUGGGCAUUCCAAUGUUGAGGAAGCACCAUCUUGCUCAACACAGGAUGACUUAAUACCUGGCUUACAUGAUUUAGACAAACAUUUUGUUGAAAAUAUUUUCUAUUUGUUGCGAAAGGAAGAAACAUUUUCUGGGCAGGUGAAACUGAUGGAAUGGAUCUUGCGAAUACGAAAUCCCUCAGUGCUAAGUUGGUUUUUAAAUAAAGGUGGUGUCAUGAUUUUGGCUACAUGGUUGAGUCAAGCAGCUGCUGAAGAACAAACAAGUGUUCUUCUUGUCACCCUCAAGGUUCUUUGUCAUAUGCCUUUGCAUAAAUCUCUUCCUGAACAUAUGUCAGCCAUAUUGCACAGUGUUAAUAGGCUGCGAUUCUACAGAACAUCAGACAUAUCAAACAGGGCAAGAGUUUUGUUGUCAAGAUGGAGUAAAAUGUUUGCUAGAAGCUUGAAGAAGCCAAAUGGUAUAAAAUCUUCUGUUGAUGAACAGGAGAUGAUACUGAAGCGGAGUAUUGAUGAAAUUAUGGGAAAUGAAUUAUGGCACUCUGAUGUUAGUAACCCUGAAAAUGCUAUUACUCUUUCUGAAAGUUCUGAAAAUAUCAGGAAAAUGGAACCCUCACAAACGUUGAAGCUUUUGCCAGCAUCAGAAGAUUCAAGUAGGAAGCACAUCCUAGGUGUAUCUUCAUCCCAUACCAGAGAACGCAGAAAAGUUCAGCUUGUGGAACAGCCAGGGCAGAAAACAGCUGGCAGAAGCCCCCAGGCUACAAAACCUGUUUCUGUCAAUCAAGGCCGCCCAAUGUCUACUGAUGAUAUCCAAAAGGCAAAAAUGCGUGCUUUAUUCAUGCAAAGCAAGUAUGGGAAAACUGGUUCCUCAUCUAAUGGACCUAAUGGUACAAAGACAGAAGGUCUUAAUAAGCCUUCAAAUACUUCAUCUGGUAAUUUGUUCCCAGCAUCUAAAGUUCCUCUUCGGCCUAAGAUUGAGGAACAGAAAAAACCAGUAAUAGUUCCCACGGUAAUUUCUAAUAAGCAAGGUCCUCUUGAUCCAAAACAUAAAAUGGGUUUGAAGGAACCUUUGGGAGAGUUUUGCAGGAGGGUCCAAAUACCAUGGCAGACACCUCCAGAGAUAAAACUCAACAAUCAUUGGAGAGUCGGCACUGGUGAGAAUAGCAAAGAAGUUGAUGUUCAGAAAAACAGAAACCGUAGAGAGAUUGAGACCAUCUAUCACACGGUCCAGGAGAUACCAUUUAAUCCCAAGGAACCCUGGGACCUAGAAAUGGACUACGAUGACACAUUGACCCCAGAUAUUCCAAUUGAACAGCCUCCUGAUACUGAUGGAUCAGAAGCACAGCUGCCCAAUAAUGAAACUGCAGCUGCAUCAGUAGCACCCUCCUUACCCCAGAUUGGUGGAGGGAGUGCUUCGGAGCCUGAUCUUGAGUUGCUUGCCGUGCUGCUCAAAAAUCCGGAAUUGGUUUUUGCAUUGACUUCUGGCCAAGCUGGUAACCUAUCAACUGAGGAUACUGUGAAGCUGCUUGAUGUAAUCAAGAGAAGUGGAAAUGGUUUAGCAGGUAGUUUAAAUGGGUUUAGUGGAAAAGUAGAGGAGAAGGUUGAAGUUUCUCUUCCGUCGCCAACACCUUCAAGUAAUCCUGGAACGAGUGGAUGGAGGCCAGAAGUUGCCAAGAAUCCCUUUUCAAGGGAAAACAGAGUCCCACAAGUCCAGACCAACAUUUACUCUAGCUUACUGCAGCCACAGAGUCAUAAUCAAGGCAGUGACUUUAGAACAUCUCAACGGCAGGCAACCAUGCAAUUGCUAUCCCAGCAACUGCAAGCAGCAAUGCCUUCCUUCUCAUUACCUCAAACAACUUCCACUAUACCAGAUAAUCGACAGCCUUCUAUGCUUCUUCCAUUGCACCAGAAUUCUUCAAUGUUACAAACAUCAGCCUCAGAAAUGGGCUUACAGAAGUACUCCUCUACAACUGGGCCUUCAUUUGCAAUGAGUACUCCAGAAAGGCGACCAGUUUCAUUUCCAAUAGCAACACCAACUCCGGUUGUUCAUUCCUCCUCUAGAUUAUCAUCUACGGGAAACAUGGGUUCAAUGCCUGGUUCCUGGAGAGCUGGACAAGGUUUAGCUUCCAAUUCAAUAUCACAAGUUAAGCAAAACAAUUACGAACCACCAUCAUAUAGAGGAUCAGUACAGCCCCAGUUACGGGCAGGUGCUCCUAAUUGGGAGAGAAAUGAGGGGUUUGAAUCCUGGAGUCCAGAGAAUAGUCCUGUUAGGUCACCGGAGUACAUUGCAGGAAGCAACUACCCAGGAUCCAGAGUAAAUUCAGGGAGGAAUUAUAAUCCUGAUAAUAGGAACAGGCAACGGAAUUAUCCAGGGCAACGGGAACUUAAUAGGAAUGGAAACAGAAGGUGGCAUUGAAGGGAGGAAGAAAAACAGAGGGUGAAACAUGAGGCUGUAAUUGGAAAUGUUGGGAUGUGGAAAUCUUCCUAUUUUUAUUGAGUUUUGACAAGAAGCAUCUAAUAUUCAUGAAUUUAUACCAUCUUCAUUCUUUUCCUCUGAA